AUGGAGCUCGCGCGAUUGCGAAACGCACUUGGCGAAGGCAGGACAUUGGAAUUGGAAAUCGACAAGCUCAGGGCACUCCUGGGUGUCCUCGAGGCCGAUGUUCGCAUCUUGCGGCAGGUGAAGCAUGAGAAGGGAAGUGAGGGCGAACUGCGUGACUGCACGGAUGGCGAGUUCAUCCUCCGCAGUCCAGAGCGUCGGAAGCGGAUGCUAUCGCAAGCGGUGAAGUCCUCUCAUGCCCUUGUUCUACCUGAGGCAGAGGUGCAGAGCCCGCCGCCGCCAAUUCUUGCCCAGGAGCCUCCCGGAAGCAAUCCACACCCGUCCGUACCGCAAGGUCUACGCUCAGUGAAGAGCGCAGUCGAACUUCAUCAACUACCAGGUGGACGGAAGCCAUUAAGUCCAAUCGCACCAUGCGUGCGUGCAACAGGAUCGAGACAUCAUUUCUCGGGAAGCAAGCCUGGUAGCCCAGGGCCGCCCCAACCAGGCAUCGCCUGGAACGCUGGUGCACGGACUCCGGAUGCCAGCCCAUCGCAACUGCCAGGCCUACCUCCAAAUACCGCGUGGGAACCACAGCGCCCUGCAAACUCAGGCCAAGCUGACCGAUCUCUGCUCUCCUCUGGCUCUUCCUUGAACCUGGCCAUCCCGAAGCGUGACCACUGUUGGUACUGUGGACAGCCAUGGCCUGAAAAGGAGCCUGCCCAAGGCUCUGGCAAUCGGGUUUCUGCAGGGCCUCUCGAGGCCGGCGCCGGGCCUUCCUUGUUCCAGCGACUCGAAGCUGCUGGAAUCGGGCCCUGGCAAAUAGCUGAGCUAAAAAGAAGUGAAGCGAGGUUGGCCGAGAUAGCUGCGGAAGCGCCUAUCAAAAGGACAAGAUAA